CCUCCUCCCAGAGGCUGCCGGCUAAUUGGGCUCUGUGGACAUUAACCAGACCCACAACUCCCCCAACAACACCCAGACCCACGCACCCCACCGCAAAGCCAGGAGGAAGAGGAGGCGGCGGCGGCUGGAAAGCAAGGUGGGGGGCUCCUGGCUGCCUCCAUCCCCGCUGCCUCCCUAGAGCAAGAUUUUUUUCCCCGUGGUGUAUUUUGUCAUUAUGAGAUGUCGUCUCUCAGUGCUUCAUUUGUGCAGAUUAAAUUUGAUGACUUGCAGUUUUUUGAAAACUGUGGUGGAGGAAGUUUUGGGAGUGUAUAUCGAGCACGAUGGAUAUCUCAGGACAAGGAGGUGGCUGUGAAGAAGCUCCUUAAAAUAGAGAAAGAGGCAGAAAUACUCAGUGUACUCAGCCACCGGAAUAUCAUUCAGUUUUAUGGAGCUGUUAUUGAACCUCCUAACUAUGGCAUAGUUACAGAAUAUGCUUCAGCUGGAUCGCUGUAUGACUACAUUAAUAGCAACAGAAGUGAAGAGAUGGACAUGGAUCAUAUAAUGACUUGGGCAACUGAUAUAGCUAAAGGAAUGCACUAUUUGCAUAUGGAGGCUCCAGUCAAAGUAAUCCACAGAGAUCUGAAAUCCCGAAAUGUGGUUAUAGCUGGAGAUGGGGUAUUAAAGAUCUGUGAUUUUGGUGCUUCAAGAUUUCAUUCCCAUACAACGCAUAUGUCUCUUGUGGGUACUUUUCCUUGGAUGGCACCAGAAGUAAUCCAGAGUCUCCCAGUAUCUGAAACAUGUGACACAUAUUCAUAUGGUGUGGUUCUCUGGGAGAUGCUAACAAGGGAGGUCCCCUUUAAAGGCUUGGAAGGAUUACAAGUAGCUUGGCUUGUAGUAGAAAAAAAUGAGAGACUGACCAUUCCAAGCAGCUGCCCUGGAAGCUUUGCAGAACUGAUGCUCCAGUGCUGGGAAGCAGACCCAAAGAAAAGGCCUUCUUUCAAGCAGAUAAUUUCAAUCUUGGACUCCAUGUCAAAUGAUAGCAAUCUUCCAGACCAGUGCAACUCAUUCCUGCAUAACAAGGCAGAGUGGCGAUGUGAAAUAGAGGCAACUUUAGAGAGGCUAAAGAAACUGGAACGUGACCUGAGCUUCAAGGAGCAGGAGUUAAAAGAACGGGAGCGACGCUUGAAGAUGUGGGAGCAGAAGCUAACUGAACAGUCCAACACACCUUUGCUGCCUUCCUUUGAUAUCUGCGCAUGGACUGAAGAAGAUGUGUACUUUUGGAUGCAACAGCUUGUUAAAAAAGAUGACACAUCUGGUGAGAUGAGUAUAUAUGCCAGCUUGUUUAAAGAGCAUCACAUCACAGGAAAAAGAUUGCUUCUUCUGGAAGAACAGGACCUGAAGGACAUGGGGAUUGCUUCCAAAGGCCACAUCAUUCAUUUGAAGACUGCCAUUGAGAAAUUAAGUCAGGAUUAUCUCAACAUGUUUCAUUUUCCACCUCUGAUGAAGGAUGCUGCAAGUGACAAUGAGGCGAGUGAAGAGAAAGUGGUGAAUCUUGAGCUUGUUUUUGGUUAUCAUUUAAAGCCUGGAAAUGGACCUGAGGACUGCAAAUGGAAAAUGUAUAUGGAGAUGGAUGGGGAUGAGAUUGCAAUAACUUACAUAAAAGAUGUGACAUUUAACACUAACCUACCUGAUGCAGAGAUUGUAAAGAUGACAAAGACUUCUUUUUCCCCCCAGCCACCAUUUGUGAUGGAGAAAUGGGUUGUGGGGAUACAGAAAGACCAGAGCAUGGAAUGUAUUGUUACUUAUGAGAAUGAUGUCAGAACUCCAAAGUUCACCAAACAUAUCCAGCCAGUGCAGUGGAGUCAAGUGAAACCCCAGGAUGAGGUGAAAUCGAUACAGCUUAAAAUACAGACAUCGCUCCCAAACUCAGAAGGCAACCCUCGAAGCCGAUCCAACUCCAGUAUUGACUGUCAGUGGAUGAAGGCACUGAGAGUGCGUCAUGUGUCCACCAGCCCUUCGCUCCAACAUUCCCGUCCCCACAGUCCCAACGCGACACAGUUUUUACCCUACCUUGAGGACCAAGGUUCUUAUGCUGCUGCUGUGAGACGAACCCAGGUUCCUGUGAUCUAUCAGGUUACCUCUCUCAAUCUGUCAAGAAACACCUCUCCAACACCGUAUUUAUCAUCUUUACAUCUGAAUUCAAAAGGAAGCAGUACCUCCAGUGCAGCUUCCGAUAGCCCUUCAGAAAGAGACAGGUCCAAAACCAAAAGUAGGAACAGUUAUCACAGUAGUGUCUCUCCCAGCAUGUCUGUAACAGGACGGCGCUUCAGUAGGGGCUCAACAGGAGCUCAGGCAACAACUAGGAACACAGAGAAAUUUUACAGGACUUCACAGUCAGUGCUCAGCCAAAACCAACAUCAGCCACGGUCACAUGAUAGGAAGCACUCUCAUUAUCACCAGCCCAAGUUGAUACCAGGAAUGCCCUUGAAGACUGAAAGUAAACCCAAAACAGAGGAAGAAGGAAGCAAAGUCAGCGAAGGUGAAUGGAUAAAAGUCAACCACUCAAAAAAAUCUCACCGACACACAACUGGCAAACAAAGUAGAGAAAAAACAAAGGGAACUGGUGCACACCAGAAAAAAUCCCACUGAUGUCUUAUAGAAAAUAGGUUUUGAAUUUUUUUUUACUGAACAUAAUAUGUUGUCUCACAACAGAAAAAUGAAAUUUUGAUUGUUGUUCUUGAGAUAUUUGCCACUGAAUGUGAGAGCAGAUGAUCUCCAAUGGAAAGCUUCUCAAAGGAGCUACUCAACAUAAAGAUACUACCUCUCAUGAAGACCAUACCACAGAUUCCCACAAUAGAUGGAGUGGGCUAAGAUAGGAUGGACCUCUCUCAUGGCAUCCUUUGCAUCUGGUGAAGAAGAUGCCCUUGUUUUCAUUCCAAUUUUCUCCACACUACAGGUUCUCUUUCUUAUUUUAUUUGGUUCAAGCCAAGUAACUGUUGCUUAACACAGUCGGCCCUCCGUAUCCAUGGAUUCCACCAUCUGUGACUUGAAAAUAUCCCUGUCUCCAAAAAUAAUCCAAAAAGCAAGCCUUGAUUUUAUGAUUUUAUAUAAAGGGCACCAUUUUACUAUGCCAUUAUAUAUAAUGGGAUUUCAGCAUCCACAGAUUUUGGCAUUUUGGGAGGAGUCCUGGACCAAAUGUGAAUGGAAGCCAAGGGACUUCCAUAUACUGACUAAAUAAGAAAUCAGUAGAUCUUGUGGUUAAAGGGUUGACGUAUCCACAAAAAGCAAGUACCUCCUACUUGUAACAUGUCUGUGACAAGUGAAAAAAUACGACUGUAAGGUUUUUAUUUUUUUCACUCUGCAGCCAAAGUGUCCUAUCCUCUUUUGUUCUGUUUUUGCUGAGCUGGUCCCUCCUCAGCACCAACAGACUGAUGUCUGAUCAAGAGCACUAAGCCUCCAUUUAAACAUACAGCCACACAUAUUUCCACAAGAAUCAUUCUUAUGAUCAGGAAAACGUAUGGCAGAUUAUUAUUAUUAUUUUUUUACAAGAACAAAGAAAAUUAUACUGAGAAAAACAGCCUUGAUAGCUUGUUCUUGUUGGUAUGACUAACAUAUAGCAGACAUCUUAUUCAUUGUAUUUUAAUUGUAUUCAGGCUGUGUUUUAUGUUCAGAUAAUAAAUACAAACUAUUAUUAUUUAUUUGUAUAUGCUGAAAUUCCACUGACAUUCCUUUGGGGUGGGAUUUGUUUUCUGAUACUGCAGUCUUGAACAUAUUUACUAGAAAGCAAGUUCCAUAGCACGACACAAGACUUUCUUCCCAAUAGACAUGCAUGGGGUUAUACAAUGUUUUUUGUUAGUAUGUUCCUCUGUUGGUGUAAUGAUGCUACAUUUUUAAUCCAAAUUCUUAACAAAAACCAAACACAGGCCUACUCAUCCCAAUUGUCCUUUGUAAAAAGGAAAAAGGAAAUGCCUGCAGAUUUUGUUUCCUUUAAAACUCUUUUGAUGUUCAUAGAGGAAGAGGCAGAAACAGUGGAAUUAUAUUGGAAAUCUUAUUUUGGCGUAUAUUUGAAGAUUUUGAAAACAAAACCAACCGCCAGUAGUAAGAAGGGAUGAGACUCCCCUUAGUCCAAAGAGCUCUACCCCAGUCUUCUUCAAUGUGUUGCUCUCCAGGUGUACCGUAUUCACAUGGCUACACAAGAUGAGACUUUACGCUCAACACAUCUAGCCUGUGCUAGGUUGGCAACCGACUGUUGACUCCCCCAUUGCGAAUGAUUCAAGCAUCUCCUCUAGUGAGGCCCAGUGGUGUCCCUAGAAUUGGUGUUACCCUGUGGGGAGGGCAGUGGGGGAGCAGACUGCCAUGCCCUCCAGAGGGCCAUUUGGGGUCCGAUGUAGUUGAUGGGGCAAUUUUACAACCUCUGUAGGCUGUUUGGAGUCCAGCAUG